UUCUCUUGAACUGUGAUUUUCUGUUUUAUGAAACUUUAUUAAUAAGCCCUCUGGAAUUUGUAUCGCACAUUCCAUCGCUUUUACUCGUUUUAGUUUUUCGAAAGUAUAGAUAGAGUUCCAGGGUACGCUCAUUCGCAUACGAGACGAGAGUUCACCGUUCCUACUAAGAACCUGACCCUUGAUCGUGAUAUUUACCCUAUUUAAAAGUCCACAGUGGCUUUCGUUAUCAUAUCUGGGCUUAUCAGCGUGAUUUGCAGUUCGCUGUGGCUGCUAGGUAUUCAGUGGCGAGCGCAAAAUCUUCUCAAACCCCCGCAAGAUGGCCAGUAGUGCGAAACAACCCGCCCAUCUGAAUCUCGAACGGUUCGGCACCGUGUUGCGCGUUACGAUCAAUAAUCCGCGCAAAAAGAAUGCCCUCAAUCGACAGGCCUACAAGGAUGUGUGCGAUACCUUGAACGCCGCUAACCGCGAUGAUACUGUGAAUGUCGUCGUGCUGACCGGAACCGGCGAUUUCUACAGCUCCGGCAACGACAUCAGCUCCAUCAUCGCGGAGGAUGGUCCGGCGGAAGAGAAGUUGGCGAAGGGAAACGCUAUCCUGCGGGACAUGGUUCGUGCGUUCAUUAACUUUGAUAAGCUGCUGAUUGGGAUAGUGAAUGGACCGGCCAUUGGCAUCGCCGCUACCACGGUGCUGCUGUGCGAUGUGGUUUACAUGGUGGACACGGCCUACUUCUACACUCCCUUCUCCAAUCUCGGACUGUGUGCGGAAGGUGGAUCAUCUUAUAGCUUCCCGUUGCUGAUGGGUCGCAGUAAGGCAUCGGAAAUGUUGCUCCUCAAUCACCGGAUGACUGCAGAGGAAGCCCUUCGCUUCGGUGUCGUUGCCGACGUCUUAAAGCGAGAUGAAAUCGAAUCGAAACUCUGGCCGCGCGUCUUGGAGUAUGGUACACUGCCGGUCGGUUCGAUCAUCGCCACCAAGAAGCUGCUCAAUCGGUUCCAACGCGACAAGCUACACGAAGCGAAUGAUAGCGAAACCAACAUGCUUAGUGAGCGAUGGCAAACGGAAGAAGCUCUUGAAGCGAUUAUGAAAUUUAUGACGAGAAAGAGCAAAUUGUAA